AAAGAUGCCAGUUUGAAUGGUGUUUAUCCGAGUAAAGUUGGUGAUAUAGAGUUACGUAUCUUGACUCAACCUGAAGAGCAGCAUCGUGCUCGAUAUUUAACAGAAGGGAGCCGUGGUGCAGUUAAAGAUAUUUCACAACAGAGUUAUCCCAUCAUACAGUUAUUGGGUGUUAAUGAACCUACAACAGUUCAGAUAUUCAUAGCUAACGAAUCUGGUAAAAUUAAACCUCAUGGUUUUUAUCAGGCUUGUAAGGUCUGUGGUAAAAAUUCUACCCAGUGUAUGGAGCGAACUAUUGAUAGAACUGUUGUCAUAGAAACAGAGAUUAUGCCCUCACCUGAUAUGACACUCACUGUUGACUGCGUAGGAAUACUCAAACUAAGAAAUGCUGAUGUUGAAAAUCGUAUUGGUACAGCUAAGGCUAAAGCCAGUAAAAAGAAUAACACAAAAGCUAGAAUGGUGUUCAGAGUCACAGUGAAAAAACCUGAUGGUAGUUUCCAGGUGUUACAAUGUGCUUCAAACUCUAUAUUAUGUACUCAGCCAAAAGGGCAGCCAGAAAUAGGUCGUAUUAGUUCAAACAGUGGAAGUGUCAAUGGUGGAGAGUCGUUAUUUAUCAUUGGUAAGAAUUUUGUCAAAGGAACCAAAGUUUUAUUCCGCGAG